AAGCCCCUGGCCUUGGCCUUGGCUACUUCACUGUCAUCCGAGUCCUCUCCGGACAAUGGUCCAGUUUGCCAACUCCCUAAAGCGGAUUUUCUGCACCUGAGAUUGUCCUGGUCCCAUCGGCGGCAGAGGCAGCAACCUCCUCUCUCAAGGUGCCCACAGAGCCAAGAUGGCCCAGAAAGGCCAGCUCAGCGAUGACGAAAAGUUCCUCUUUGUGGACAAAAACUUCAUCAACAGCCCCGUUGCUCAGGCAGAUUGGUCGGCCAAGAAACUGGUCUGGGUCCCGUCCGAGAGGCAUGGAUUCGAAGCAGCGAGCAUCAAGGAGGAGAAGGGGGACGAGGUGCUGGUGGAGCUGGCCGAGAAUGGCAAGAAGGUCUCCUUCGGCAAGGACGACAUCCAGAAGAUGAACCCCCCGAAGUUCUCCAAGGUGGAGGACAUGGCCGAGUUGACCUGCCUCAAUGAAGCGUCUGUCCUGCACAACCUCCGAGAGAGAUACUUCUCUGGCCUCAUCUAUACUUACUCAGGUCUCUUCUGCGUGGUGGUCAACCCAUACAAGCAGCUGCCCAUCUACUCGGAGAAAAUCAUUGAUAUGUACAAGGGAAAGAAACGGCACGAGAUGCCCCCUCACAUCUAUGCCAUUGCUGACACCGCCUACAGAAGCAUGAUGCAAGAUCGAGAAGACCAGUCCAUUCUUUGCACAGGGGAGUCUGGUGCCGGCAAAACAGAGAAUACCAAGAAAGUAAUUCAGUAUCUGGCUGUCGUGGCUUCUUCUCAUAAGGGCAAGAAGGACACCAGCAUUACGGGUGAGCUGGAAAAGCAACUGCUCCAGGCCAACCCGAUCCUUGAAGCUUUUGGAAAUGCCAAAACGGUGAAAAAUGACAACUCUUCUAGAUUUGGCAAAUUCAUCCGCAUCAACUUUGAUGUAACAGGUUACAUUGUUGGAGCAAACAUAGAAACCUACCUGCUGGAAAAGUCUCGUGCUAUCCGCCAAGCCCGAGAAGAGAGGACAUUCCACAUAUUUUACUACAUGAUUGCUGGUUCCAACGAGCAGAUGAAGAGUGACCUGUUGCUUGAAGGCUUCAACAACUACACGUUCCUCUCCAAUGGCUACGUGCCCAUUCCCUCUCAGCAGGACGAUGAGAUGUUCCAGGAAACCUUGGAAGCCAUGUCUAUUAUGGGCUUCUCUGAAGAGGAGCAAACUGCUAUACUCAGAUGCAUCUCGUCAGUUCUCCAGCUUGGUAAUAUUGUUUUCAAGAAAGAGAGGAACACCGACCAGGCUUCGAUGCCAGACAACACAGCUGCUCAAAAAGUGUGUCACCUUAUGGGGAUUAAUGUGACAGAUUUCACAAGAGCAAUCCUAACCCCGAGAAUCAAGGUUGGCCGAGAUGUCGUUCAGAAGGCUCAGACCAAGGAGCAGGCUGAUUUUGCAAUAGAGGCCUUAGCCAAAGCAACGUAUGAACGUAUGUUCCUUUGGAUUCUGAGUCGGGUGAACAAAGCUCUUGAUAAAACCAAACGCCAGGGCGCUUCCUUCCUAGGAAUCCUUGAUAUUGCUGGGUUUGAGAUUUUUGAGGUCAAUUCCUUUGAGCAACUGUGCAUCAAUUACACCAAUGAGAAACUGCAGCAGCUGUUCAACCACACAAUGUUCAUCCUGGAACAAGAGGAGUAUCAGCGAGAGGGCAUUGAGUGGAACUUCAUCGACUUUGGACUAGAUCUUCAGCCCUGCAUUGAGCUGAUUGAAAGACCAAAUAAUCCUCCUGGCGUCUUGGCCCUGUUGGAUGAAGAGUGCUGGUUCCCCAAAGCCACCGACACCUCCUUUGUGGAGAAACUCUGCUCAGAGCAAGGCAACCACUCCAAGUUCCAGAAGCAAAAGCAGCUCAAGGACAAGACGGAGUUCUCCAUCAUCCAUUAUGCAGGCAAGGUUGACUACAAUGCAACUGCGUGGCUGACCAAGAACAUGGACCCACUGAACGAUAACGUGACAUCGUUACUGAAUCAGUCCUCUGAGAAGUUUGUGGGAGAUCUUUGGAAAGACGUGGACCGAAUUGUGGGCCUGGACCAGAUGGCCAAGAUGACGGAAAGCUCCCUCCCGAGUGCCUCCAAGACGAAGAAAGGCAUGUUCCGGACAGUCGGGCAGCUGUACAAGGAGCAGCUGACCAAGCUCAUGACCACGCUGAGGAACACCAGCCCCAACUUCGUCCGCUGCAUUAUCCCAAAUCACGAGAAAAGGGCAGGGAAACUGGAUGCCCAUUUGGUGCUGGAGCAGCUGAGGUGCAAUGGGGUCUUGGAGGGCAUCCGCAUCUGUCGGCAGGGCUUCCCGAACCGAAUCGUCUUCCAGGAGUUCCGCCAACGAUAUGAAAUUCUUGCUGCAAAUGCUAUCCCGAAAGGAUUUAUGGAUGGGAAACAGGCAUGUAUACUUAUGAUCAAAGCCCUGGAACUUGACCCCAACCUGUACAGGAUUGGGCAGAGCAAGAUCUUCUUCAGAACAGGGGUCCUAGCCCACCUAGAGGAAGAGCGAGACCUGAAGAUUACGGACGUCAUCAUCACAUUCCAGGCUCAGUCACGAGGCUACCUGGCAAGGAAAGCAUUUGCCAAGAGGCAACAGCAGUUAACAGCGAUGAAGGUCAUCCAGAGAAACUGUGCUGCAUACCUGAAGCUGAGGAACUGGCAGUGGUGGAGACUCUUCACCAAAGUGAAGCCACUGCUCCAGGUGACCCGCCAAGAGGAAGAGAUGCAGGCGAAAGAUGAAGAGCUAAAGUCGAUUAAGGAAAGGCAGAUCAAGGCAGAGAAUGAGCUAAAGGAAUUGGAGCAGAAGCACGGCCAGCUGUGUGAAGAGAAGAACCUCCUCCAAGAGCAGCUUCAGGCCGAAACGGAGCUGUAUGCAGAGGCUGAGGAGAUGAGGAUCCGUCUGGUUGCCAAGAAGCAGGAGUUGGAGGAGAUCCUGCAUGAAAUGGAGGCCCGGAUUGAAGAGGAAGAAGAUCGUGGACAGCAGCUGCAGGCUGAGAAGAAGAAGAUGCAGCAGCAGAUGCUGGAACUUGAGGAUCAGCUAGAAGAAGAAGAGGCUGCGAGGCAGAAACUGCAGCUGGAGAAAGUCACUGCGGAGGCCAAGAUCAAGAAGAUGGAAGAUGACAUCCUUAUGAUGGAUGACCAGAACAACAAACUGUCGAAGGAAAGAAAACUCCUUGAGGAGAGAAUAAGUGAUUUGACGACGAACCUUGCAGAGGAGGAGGAGAAAGCCAAAAACCUCACAAAGCUGAAGAACAAGCACGAGUCGAUGAUCUCGGAACUGGAAGUCCGUCUGAAGAAGGAGGAGAAGUGCCGGCAAGAACUGGAGAAAACGAAGAGGAAGCUUGAAGGGGAGUCGAGCGACCUCCAUGAGCAGAUCGCCGAUCUCCAGGCCCAGAUUGCCGAACUGAAGAUGCAGCUGGCCAAGAAGGAGGAGGAGCUGCAGGUGGCCCUUGCCAGGCUUGAAGAUGAAAUAGGUCAGAAAAAUAAUGCCCUCAAAAAAAUCCGUGAGUUGGAAGGCCACAUCUCCGACCUCCAGGAGGACCUGGAUUCCGAACGGGCUGCAAGGAACAAAGCUGAGAAGCAGAAGCGGGACUUGGGUGAGGAGCUCGAGGCUCUUAAGACAGAGCUUGAAGAUACCCUGGACAGCACCGCCACGCAGCAAGAGCUCAGGACAAAGAGGGAGCAGGAGGUCACGGUCCUGAAGAAAGCUCUGGAGGAGGAGACCCGGACUCACGAAGCCCAAGUCCAGGAGAUGAGGCAGAAGCACACGCAGGCGGUGGAGGACCUCACGGAGCAGCUGGAGCAAUUCAAAAGGGCCAAAGCCAAUUUGGACAAAAGCAAGCAGGGGCUGGAGAAGGACAACGCAGACCUGAGCAACGAAGUCCGGUCGCUGAAUCAGGCCAAACAGGAGGUGGAAUAUAAGAAGAAGAAGCUGGAAGUCCAGCUGCAGGAGCUGCAGUCCAAGUUCAACGACGGGGAGCGCGUCCGGACGGAACUCAACGAAAAAGUCCACAAGUUGCAGGUUGAGGUUGAAAAUGUCACAGGGCUGCUCAGCGAAGCAGAAGGCAAGACCAUCAAGCUGACGAAAGACGUCUCCACUUUGAGCUCUCAGCUGCAGGACACUCAGGAGCUGCUCCAGGAAGAGACUCGGCAGAAGCUCAAUUUGUCGACAAAGCUCCGCCAGAUGGAGGACGAGAGGAAUGGCCUGCAAGAGCAACUGGAGGAGGAGGUGGAGGCCAAGCAGAACUUGGAGAGGCACAUCUCCACCCUGAAUGUGCAGCUCUCCGACUCCAAGAGGAAGUUGCAGGAAUAUGCCAGCACCAUCGAAAGCAUGGAGGAAGGGAAGAAGAAGCUCCAGAAGGAUAUCGAAGGCCUCACACAACAGUUUGAGGAAAAAGCGUCUUCCUACGACAAACUGGAAAAAACCAAGAACCGGCUGCAGCAGGAGCUGGAUGACCUGGUGGUGGACUUGGACAACCAGCGCCAACUCGUUUCCAACUUGGAGAAGAAGCAGAAGAAGUUUGACCAGAUGCUGGCAGAGGAGAAGAACAUCUCUUCCAAAUACGCUGAUGAGAGAGACCGGGCAGAGGCGGAAGCCCGAGAGAAGGAGACCAAGGCACUCUCCCUGGCCCGUGCCCUGGAGGAGGCCCUGGAAUCCAAAGAGGAGUUGGAGCGGACCAACAAAUUGUUGAGGGCUGAGAUGGAAGAUCUCGUGAGCUCCAAAGACGACGUCGGCAAAAACGUCCAUGACUUGGAGAAGUCGAAGCGGGCCUUGGAGCAGCAGGUGGACGAGAUGAAGACCCAGCUGGAAGAGCUGGAGGACGAGCUGCAAGCGACGGAAGACGCCAAGCUGAGGCUGGAGGUCAACAUGCAAGCCCUGAAAGGCCAGCUGGAAAGGGAAUACCAGGGCAAGGACGAGCAGAACGAGGAGAAGCGGCGGCAGCUGCAGAAGCAGCUCAACGAGCUGGAAGCAGAACUGGAAGACGAGCGCAAGCAGCGAGGCGUGGCUUCCGCCGCCAAGAAGAAGCUGGAGGUGGACAUCAAGGACCUGGAAGGGCAGGUGGACUCUGCCAACAAAAGCCGAGAGGAAGCCAUCAAGCAGCUGCGGAAGCUCCAGGCUCAGAUGAAGGACUUCCAGCGGGAGCUGGACGAUGCCCGGGCUUCCCGGGAGGACAUCUUCGCCACAGCCCGAGAAAACGAGAAGAAGGCCAAGUCCCUGGAGGCUGAAGUGAUGCAGCUGCAAGAGGAUUUGGCGGCUACCGAGAGAGCCCGGAAGCAAGCAGAGCAGGAGAAGGAGGAUCUGGCCGACGAGCUAGCAGGUUCUGCUUCGGGGAGGACAAGCCUCCAAGAGGAGAAGCGGCGCCUGGAGGCCAGGAUCUCCCAGCUGGAAGAGGAGCUGGAAGAGGAGCAGAGCAACAUGGAGACCAUGAGCGAGCGCUUCCGGAAAACCGUGCUGCAGACAGAGCAGCUGAACAACGAGCUGGCGUCAGAGCGCACCACGUCCCAGAAGAACGAUAGCGCCCGGCAGCAGCUGGAGAGGCAGAACAAGGAGCUGAAGGCCAAGCUGCAGGAGAUGGAGGGGGCUGUCAAGUCCAAGUUCAAGGCCACCGUUGCAGGCCUGGAGGCCAAAAUCACACAGCUGGAGGAGCAGCUGGAGCAGGAAUCCAGAGACAAGCAAACGGCAGCCAAGGCUCUGCGCCAGAAAGACAAGAAGCUCAAGGAGGUCUUGCUGCAGGUGGAGGAUGAGCGGAAGCAAGCCGAGCAGUACAAGGACCAGGCGGACAAGGCCAGCACCCGGCUCAAGCAGCUGAAGCGGCAGCUGGAGGAGGCGGAAGAGGAAGCACAACGCAUCAACGCCAGCCGCCGGAAGCUGCAGCGGGAGCUGGAAGAGGCCACGGAGAGCAACGACUCCCUGGGGCGGGAGAUGACGGCACUGAAGAGCAAACUCAGGCGGGGGAAUGAGACCACCUCCUUCGCCCCCCCACGCCGGUCAGGAGGCAUGGGUGGCGGCCGGCGGCCGAUGGAGAACGCCACGGAGGGGAUGGAGGAGGACGUGGACGCCAGAGACGGGGAUUACAACGGAACCAAAGCUGGUGACUAAAGACACCGCCACGCUUGCACAUUUAAACGCUGCAGCCAAGAAACAAGCUGGGGGGGCAGGGGGCAGUCCGUUUUAAGUGCCAUAAGCCCCCUUGACUCCAAAGCCUCAUACACCCACCUUAGGGCAUCGGUAAGAACACAGCAGUCUUUUUUCUCCAGUGUACACAUUGGCACCCUUAGCCACGGCGGGAUCCUUUCCCAGAAAUUAUUCCAAAGAGAUUGUACUUCACCGAGGGAGAAACGCAAAUUGUGGUGUGGUCAUCGCAACAGCCCUGGUUCUUUUACACACUCCUAUCCACUGGCCCGCCCCGCCCCCUUCUCCUUAGCCCUUCCUUUUACCUUCCUGCUCGGUUUCUGUUGGUGUUUGUGUCUGAAUGCGGCACUCUCCACUAAAACUGCACAGAGUUCACCAGUUCCAAGUGCCUUCCUUUGUCACUAGAUUUUUUAAUGGGGGGGGGAGAGGAGCAAUAAAUCAACUGUUAAUGGUUUUAGAUUAAUUUUGUGCUUAACACACACUAAUAAAGGUUUAUAAAAUCACUGGA